UCGCCAAUUGUCCAUAGUUUGGGAAACUACAGAAACAUUGCGUGUGUUUCGGAAUGGCUUGCUCAAGUUGAACGAGUUACAAUUUACUCCUUUUCGGAAUUAUAACCUCCUUAAAUUGACGCCAAAGUAUUACAUGACGUGAAAGCAGUUUGCCAGGCUGGGAUGACAUACAUAUACAAAAAUAACAAUCAAUUCGGGGGACCAAGCCUUAAAUUUGGAGGUGCCAUAGCCGCCCAAACCAUGCCCCGAAAAAUGCGAGAACUGAUGAUCGAAAGCAACGUUGAUGUGGACACGGCAAUUGAAAAUUGUACAACCGACAGUAAAUUUAUAAGAAACGGAGCAUUUGUAGCGUCCAGACAAAAUGAAAUGGAAGAUAAGAUUGAAUGUUUGUAAUGCGAUAUAAACGAAAUGUGGGACAUCGGCAAUUUUAUCAUAACAGGACUGACGCGUGCUGUCCAUUAGCUUAUCUUUAUUGACGUCAUUUGCUCCACGUCAAGGUAGAAAGUGUUCACAUUUUUAUGAAUAAAUACUGCGCAUUUAGUAGAUAAUUGUCCAGUCAUAUUCCAUUUGUUGAAGAGACUUUGAUAAUUGGGGGUGCUAAUAUGUCACUGUCUCCAUGAAAAGGGACCUUAUUCACCAAAUAUCUACUUUAGCGACUUUAAUUUUUUAGUGAAGUUCUUGCCUCAGGCUUUAAUUUGCCAUUUAUUUCAGCUCAAUCUUCCAACUACAAAGAAAGUUAUUUAAGUUCAAAGUGCUGCAUCGACAAUAUGGCAAAACGACCUUUUGGCGAAAAUUUGCAUACUGAUUAAAUUUAGAACAAUUUUUUAAAAUUUUAUAUUGUAGUUUAUAUGGCGCUAAUAUUAGAUUUGCAUAGGCCAAUACAAGCCUGAAUGACGUUAAGUUUUAAAUUUGAGGUUUAUCGCCCGAGGUUAAGCGUUUAGGUCACGUUAAGGUCCUGAAAAAGGUCAAGGCGAAAUUGUUUUAUUUUUAUUAGCUUUUUGACGAAAUGGGUUUCGCUGAAAGUGUUCUGUUUUGGUAUUUUGCCGCUUGUACAAAAGGAGAAAAGUAUGACUAAGGUCCCUUUUCAUGGAGACAGCCACAUAUCUGUAAGAUGAACAGUUUCAAGUUUAUGAUUUGUGUGACUUUGGUCCAACUAAUUUCCGGUAGUGAGACGGAUGUUGGUGGUGGAGUCGCAGAUAAUCGUCAAAAUGGAUACGAAAUUUUUGUUGGGAAGGGAUCUACUUCAUUAUAUUUUAUAUUGCAAACACGGGGUGACUGGAUGUAUGCCCUUAAUUACUGUCAUACUCACAACUUUGCGCCUGGUCGAAUCUCGACCGAGCGGGAUUUCGAAAUAGUCUCCAACUUCAUAAAGUCAAACGGACUACCGGAAGCAAAUCAAUCAAUCUGGCUACCCGCUACGGAUCACGGAAAUGAGGGAACGUUUCGCUGGCUAGAUCGCUUCGAUGAGGUAACCGUGGGCAACUGGAGUGGUGGAGCGCCAUCUGGAGAUAGAAGUUUGAACUGCUUGAAGAUCAAUAGCGAUGGGCUGUACCAAGAUGAUUCAUGUGAACGGGGUCGAAGGGCACAUUAUGCGUUAUGUGCCAUAGAAAAUAUGCAUUACAACGACCAAGAUAACAAUUAUGUGCAGACAGCACCCAAAAAAUUAACUGACCUUAGCGAAGAUGAGAUUCGAGGUUUGCGUCCGAUAGGUGACGUUGCAAAUAAAUUGUACUAUGUGGAUGACACGGAAAUAAUGGAGAAAUCGUGGCUUGACGGGGUAGAUUUUUGCCACGAAAAUGGAAUGAGAAUCGCCUCGCCAGAAACCGUUGAGGAGAUAAAUUUCUUAGAAAACUUUGCAAAUGAGGAGGCGAAUGCGGGAAGGGAUGCACUUUUUCAUAUUGGUGCAACAGACAUGAUGUCGAUGUCUUGUUCACGGGGAAAUACCAAGUUUCGCUUGUUCGGAUCUGGUAAAGAUGUAAUUAGCGGGACCGGUUUGGACGGGUUUGGAGGUGGUUGGUGGUAUCGGUGUGCUUUCAUGACAACGACGGAAUUUCGGGCAUCCGAUUGCAUUAGUGGGGCGCAGUUUAGAAUAAUUUGUGAAGUUGAAGACACUUCAGUUCCAUCUACUACAACCGUCUCGCCAGGACCAAUUUGUGAACCUGGCCAAUAUUUCGCGCCACAUCAAGAUUGUAGGUUUUACUACGUUUGCAAUGAAGAAACUCCUACCUUGGCCCAAUGUCCGAAUGGUCUUUACUGGAAUCAGAAUUUGACCACGUGUGAUUUUCCUGGCAAUGUGGGAGAAUGUGUGGGAGGAACACGGUCACCACUCGAUGACAGUUAAGCUCAAACGAACAAGGGAAUGGCUAAAAAUCUGUUUGUUUCCUAAAUUUAUUUAAAUAAUUCACACGAGUACAAGAAAUAAAUUGCGAGAUCGAUUUUGAAAUAUCCGUGA